AUGGAUCAUGGCCUGGUAUGUUUUAAUGAUACUGACAACGUCGCCCCCACUUAUCAACAUCCUGCUUCUGAUGGCCAGACUAGAUGCUCUACCAUUGAUGCUACCUUCGGUUCUCCGGACCUCCCUAUAGCUGGCUGGCGAGUUAUGACUGACUGCCCUUAUGGUGGGGAUCACUACCCCCUUCUCUUUACGCUGCGAGGUGGGUCUACGACUAGCGACGAGCGAGGCCCUCCGCACGAUCUAUGCGACCUCGUUCACUCUAAGACCGACUGGGCCUCAUUCACCACUUAUCUAGACCAUCAGAAGGCCUACUAUUACGCAAGGGAAGCACUUUCCCCCUCUGGUUGUCCUGAUACCCUCGAAUCUCGCAUUGCUACUCUUCUCCAAGGAGCUGCUAGGACAAGCACGCCGAUUCGUGACAACCGGCCCUGCAGAUCCACUAUUAACACUUGGUGGGAUCACGAGCUUCGAUCUUCACGAUCUAAGCUCGCCAGGACCAAGAGGCAACACGGCUCCUCCUCGGACAUCUAUAAGAAGGAGCGUCGUGAAUAUCGGGAUAUGAUUGCUAAUAAGAAGAUGGCUGGCUUCGCUGCCUUCGCCUCCUCCAUUGAAUCUCGUCCGGACUUCCUAUCUAAGAUCACCAGGGACCGACCUCCACCACCUACCACUAUAACGGGAUUCCCUACGGUCGAAGGCACUGUUACAGCCCUAGCGGAUCGCUAUCUUGGUGACCCUAUUCCCCCGCAUUUUCUGGACACUGUCCGGUCGCCCCCUAACUCUGGAUGGGAUAGCCAAGCUGGCGAGGGUUAUGUUGACUUCCCCCUCGGCAUUGUGAAAGAGGAGCUCUCAAAACGGGGUAAAGAUACCUCUCCGGGAUCUUGUGGUAUCCGGUGGGAACACCUUCUCCAUACGCCGGACUGGCUCCUCUCUGAGGUGUGCCGCCUCUUCCAAUGGUGCUUUGAUGUAUCCGCCACACCACUUCAUUGGAGACAUUCCACGGUACGCUACAUCCCUAAAGCCUCUGGGUAUGGCACUGCAAAGGGCAUCCGCCCCAUCACACUGUCUUGCACCUUGUGCAAAUUACAGGAAGCGGUCAUUGCUCGUCGCCUCUCUCCCUAUACAGAAGCGAUUAUCCGAUGUGAUGAACACUUUGCCUAUCUCCCUCGUCGAUCCGCUACUCUUAUGGUUGACAAGAUGAUCCACUAUGCACAACAGGGGCUCAGCGGCAAACUUGUGAAAAAGAAGCCUCCUUGGGCCAUAGUUGGUCUCGACCUGAGUAAUGCUUUCGGCACGGUGCCACAUUGCAAGCUUCUGCAAGGUCUACAGAGCAUUGGCAUCCCCACCAAGGAAAUCGAAUGGAUAAGAUCCUGGCUAGGACCCAGGCUUAACUCCAACCGCUACCUGGGCAUCGACACCACUCGCAUGGCCAAAGAAGGGAUAGGACUAGCCCAAGGGAGUGUUUUAUCUCCGCUCUUAUUCGUCUAUUUUAUGCAUUAUGUGAUCAGUGCCAUUAAAGACGAUCUUCCUGACGGACCCUUUCCCUAUCGAUGGUUUGUAUAUGCUGACGACUGCCACCUUGUUUUCAAGUUCAAACCCCGAAGCUCUCAAGAGGACAGGGAUAGUCACAUUCACAAUUUUCUGGAUCGACUGUCCACUCUGCUAGGGUUGUACAAUCUCUCUCUGUCCACUGAGAAGACUGAAAUUCUCACCAGCUAUGUCUCACAGGCCUAUCCAGCGAAGCACAUUGGUAUUUUGGGUAUUACUAUCACCAGAAGGCUGAGCUUCCACCUACACCUGAAGGCCAGACUAUCCAAGUGUCAUGGUAUCACUCUGAAGGCGUGGCGUUAUGCUCGGAGCUCCUUUGGAGUCUCUCCUGAUUCCAUCCUUCUACUUGCCAAAUCCGUCUGGCUACCUACACUCUGCUAUGGUCUAGAAGUCUGGGGUACUACCCUUGCUAUCAACAAGAGCACUCUGCUGAUCGACUCCGCUUACAGGAAAAUUUUGAAGUUAGCCUAUCGGCUUCCCCCCUCGGCGCCCAAUUCCUUUGUGGAUCUUCUUUGCGACUCACCAUCGCUAUCCUACACCCUUAUUGACAAGCUGUUGGUCAAAUCUAUGCACUGCAUGGAGCACCCUCCUGCUCCAAGCUCGCUACCAAAUCAUUUCAGUUGGUGCCCAUCACUGUCGGAUAAGUGGCUCCGCAUCCUUCACGAUCGGCUUCCGGACUAUGGUAUCACUGAUUGGUACGCCCCUGGCCCCCCUAUCCCCAUCGACGUUGCCAAUCGUAUCAUCAUCGAGGAUACUAGACAGGCGGCCAUUACCAGGUGGCGCAGCCUAUCUGGGAUAGGUAUCGAUGCCUACACGGAUGGCUCACUGGUCAAGGACGGCCUGAAGGCCACGGUUGGUGCGGGGUUUGUGGUGGUACGGGGCCGAACAGGAGGCUCUGCUGCUCGCCGCCAACUUCCUUCACCUACAUUGUGCACGUGA